AUGUCACCAAAUCUUCCUAUUACAUUUCCUCUGGGUUCUGAGGAAAAACUCCUUCGCGUCUCAACUACUGAGGGUUACAAUCUCGUUGAGUACACCAGUGCUCCUGACAAUCGUUACACACCUGAAUUUAUCGAUGCUUAUCUCGAAGCCUUAGCAUUUAUUCGGAUUCACUUGGAGCCCAAAGUUCUCAUCACUACUUCGGUGUUUCCCAAGUUUUUCUCAAAUGGACUUGAUUUUGAGAGGGCCAUUGUCACAGAGGGCUUCAUGCCGGACAGAUACUACCGUUUGAUGAGAGCUGUAAUGGAAUUUCCUCAGCCUACAAUUGCGGUUGUCAAUGGCCAUGCCUUUGCAGCUGGGUUCAUGAUUGCCGCUUGUCACGACUUCCGAAUUAUGAAUCCAAAUAAAGGAUAUCUCUGUAUGAAUGAAGUUGAGUUUGGAGCUCCUAUCUUACCGCCGAUGAUGUCAAUUUAUAGAGUUAAAUUUGGUACUGCAAUCACUCAAAAGAUUACUUUGCAAGCUCACAGAUUUACAGCCAAAGAGGCUCUAGCAAACAAGCUUAUCGAUGGAUUAGGGGGAAUGGAAGAGGGUAUUGCUUUAGCUGAAAAGCUGUCAAAGUUUGCAAAUGCUGUUUCAUAUGCUGCCAUCCGGAAGGAACUUCUUAAAGAAGUUAUUACUGACACACUCUCAUUCGAACAAGAUACUGAGAGACUCACCCAAAGACAGGAGCUGGAGGAUGAUUACUAUGAAAAGAAGGGUGCUGAGAUAGAAAAGAAACUGGCUAAACUUUAA